CUCAGAUCUUCCCUGAGCUCCCAGAAGGGCACACCUGGUGUUGCCAGACCAAGAUAGAAUCUGACUCAUUACACGAUACUGUACUUAAUUAAGAAUGUGCUGUGGGACUUCAACAUUUUAAAUCCAUGAUACUAUCCACUUUGUGUUCAGGAUUGAUUGUGUGAAGUAUAGUGUGAAUAAAUUUGUUGUUGGACAUUCUCUUCAUUUACUCAGCCAUCACAUUGGUCCUCACUUUCUACCGCUCCACAAAAUAUUGAGGUAAUAAUCUGCUGGUAAUCAAAUGGUACCCUGCGAACGAGAUGGACUUCAGCAUUGCGGGUUUUCGCCAGCGUAGCACUCUGGAGUGUUGUGUGGUAGCGAAAUUCACGAUUAAUCGAACCCUGUUGGACGGAAGGAAUUGACAGUAUUAUUUUGACUUUGACGGGGUGUGCUGCUUGGUUGUGGAUUUGUUUCAUUGCUGAAUGUGUGAGCUUCGGUGUAAUGCUUUCCUUUGUUAUUGGAAAGGGGGUGAAUCGCCUUUUCAAUCAGCGGUUAUAUUUUCUGGAAUGGUUCGGGAUGGGUAAUAGCUUCGUCAUUUUGCUUUCAGAUCUCACCCGCAAUUUCGGGACGCAAGCUAUACAGUAUUGAAAAAAUAGUCCUUUUUGUCUGUGAUUUGAAAAGGAUUUCAACAUGAGCGCUUUCCUAAUGCGGCUUUCGGUGGCUGGUGAGUUACGCUUGCAUGUGCAUUUAACCUCGAGUGAAUUUCUGUGUGGUAUGCGAGCAAACCGUAAAUAUAAUGUAUAUGCAUGUGUGAAGAACACAUUCAUUGAACCUCGCUCUUAUGAACAGAUACGCGGAAUCAUUGCGUUCAGCGCCUGGUGAAGAAUGGCUCCCGUUACGCCAAGAACUUCUGAAUCUGAAAAUUCUGCUAGCUCUCUAUCUGUGUUGAAAUCAUCUUUGAAAAUGGAGUUCAUUCCCCCGGAUGCUCCUUCGAAAUGUAAAUGGGCUCGUGAUGGAGAUCCUACGACUAGCCCCCAUCAAAUCAUUAGUUCACCGCGAGGCUUCCAUGCGCUGGACAGUAUCUUGGAUUGCAUCGGGAACACCCCAAUUGUGAAAAUUAACAAAGUUGGAAAGGAUUUAGAUUGUGACAUCUAUGCAAAACUGGAAUUCCUAAACCCCGGGGGAAGUGUCAAAGAUCGGAUAGGACUGCGGAUGGUACAAGAGGCUGAGCGAAGCGGACUCAUAAAGCCCGGUUAUACUUUGAUCGAACCAACAUCGGGCAACACAGGUAUUGGUAUUGCAUUGGCGGCUGCCGUGAGGGGUUAUCGCGCAAUUAUCGUCAUGCCAGAGAAAAUGUCCAACGAGAAGGUGGAUGUUCUUCGUGCUCUCGGAGCGGAAAUUGUUCGCACUCCCACCUCCGCCCGUUUUGAUUCCCCUGAAAGCCAUAUAUCUGUUGCCCAGCGACUUCAAGCUGAAAUCCCGCAUUCGAUAAUUUUGGACCAGUACCGUAAUCCUGGAAAUCCACUCGCGCACUAUGAUAGCACGGCUGAAGAGAUCUUGGAACAAAUGGGAGGAAAAGUAGACAUGGUCGUGGUUUCUGCGGGAACUGGUGGAACUAUUGCCGGAAUCGGUCGCAAACUGAAGGAAAAAUGUCCGGAUUGUAUCGUUGUUGGUGUUGAUCCGCAUGGCUCCAUUCUUGCCGAACCAGCGAGUUUGAAUGUGUCUGAAGGAUCUUACGAGGUGGAAGGGAUAGGCUACGACUUCGUUCCGACUGUUCUCGAUAGAUCUGUGGUGGAUAAAUGGAUCAAGUCGGAUGACCUAUCGUCAUUCCACAUGUCCCGGCGUCUGAUGAAAGAAGAAGGACUGCUUUGCGGAGGAAGCUGCGGUUCUGCGAUGUCAGCUGCUCUUGAAGCCGCGAAAGUUUUGAAGAAAGGUCAGAAAUGCGUCGUUAUUUUACCGGACGGAGUCAGAAAUUACAUGACAAAGUUCCUCAGCGACCAGUGGAUGAUAACGAAGGGCUUUAUGGAUUAUUCAAGCCUAGACGAGGAAUUGCAUUCGUGGUCUAACAAACUUGUCACAGCUCUGGAACUUAAUGCUCCAUUGACUGUCUUGCCUAUGUGCUCAUGCCAAGAUGCUAUUGAAAUCAUGAACAAAGAGAACUUCGAUCAAUUACCUGUGGUGGAUGAAAGCAGUACUAUUCUGGGCAUGGUUACACUCGGAAAUUUGAUUUCAAAAAUUCUUGCCAAGAAAAUUGAACCAUGGUCACCCGUUUCUGAGGUUGUCUACAAUCAAUUUAAGAAAAUAUCUCUGAAUACCUCGCUUGGACGACUGAGUAGGAUUUUGGAUCAAGAUCAUUAUGCUCUCGUGGUCCACAAGCAGCAGUGCUAUUCUGAAAAAGGACACAAGGUUGAAAAGGAAGUCAUCAUUGGAAUCGUUUCUCGAAUCGAUUUGCUAAAUUACAUCACUGCUCACGGAAGUCUUGAUGAGAAAACAAAUGGCGAGAAGAGGAAUAAUGGAGCCUUAUGAAGAGUCAUUCCACCUUGCGUUGUCGUGAAAAGUGACGGGUUUGAAGUGGAUGUCUUUCUUGCCUUGGGACAAAUCUGUCUUCGCCGUGCAACACGUGUGUUCUGUUACUAACCCAAAAUCUUUCUGUGAAGAUGAUUUCUGUUGUCUUGUUAUGUGGGCAUAUCAAGUACCCGGUUUUAUGUUGCGCUGCAACGGAAACGCUGCGUGUAGCGUGAGGGAAAUCAUCUACAAUUACGCCUUGAAGUUGGGUUUGCCGUUUGAGUUACUUAUUUUGCGGGAAAGAAAUGUUGCACCGGAA